AGAACUCGAACGGUCCGGAUCGAAGGAACAGAAAAAGAACGGCACAUCAACCAUGGACCCCCAUGUAUAAUUUGCCACGUGUACAAAUAUCCGUGGAUCCGGGCAGGGCGGACAUCAUAGCAAAGGCCAACCGUGGCAACCCGAAGUCCGACGACCAUAUACCGAUCAAUUCCGGCGCCGUCAUGCGCGACCAGAAGCUCUGCCUCUCCAUCGACAUGGACUUGCGCCGCACCUACAGGCUAUUUGCUCACUUUUUCUUCAAUGCGCCGAAUUUUUGUGUAUUUGCACGGGCAAUGGUUAGGGUUUAUUGAUUUCGCCAUUUUUUUGCCCCCCGUUUGCUUCAGUUACACGGAACAGGAAGUUGCGGUUCCAGAUAUCGUGAUUGUUGGAUCACAAGCAUAGAAUUUCGUGAUCGAGAGUGUGCUGGUGGACGGAGAGCCUACUCAGAUGGAAUACUAUCCGCCGAAUCAAAUUGCUGGAAGCGAGAAGCACUAAAGCGAGGUUUCAUCUCAAGUUCUGCUGCCGAUGUCGCCGGUGCUGCUUAUGUAUCCGGCCUUGGGAGAGCUGUUGCCUAAUCUGCUCAUCAAUUGUUGCAACAAGAUGCAAAUAGAAGCAAUAAGUUCAUGGAAGGAUAAAACAGUGUUUUUUUUUUUUUUUUGUAGAUUGGGCUGCUAAACUCUGCAACAGCUGAUUGUUGGUCAAAUUACUUCAACAUCUCUCUUUGCAGUUAGUGACAAUAUAACCUUCACCAAGUGAAACAGGUUCAAUAAGGAAAGUUGUGGCAGCAUACAAAAACUUGGAAAAAUGUAGCUUUAUCUUGAUUGUUUUUUGGCCCGAUCUGAGCAAGGAUGAUACCCUUGCAAAUCUGUUACUGCUCAAUGAAUACUUUGGCAAUUGGGCCAGUUGAAAUUGUAUCAGAUCAGCAUAAUGGUCUAAUAUCUUCGCACUUGUGUUUAUUUGUUAGAACUACAUUAUAAUGUGGGGUUUAUCUAUACUGCACUGAUGUUGCAAUCAUGGUGAAAAUGGCUUUCUUUUCUUUGAAAUGUCUGCUAUAAUUUUAUGAGACUGAUUUUGUAUUCAAUUAUUACCUUUGACAUUGUUUCUGGUUCUACAUUGUUUUCCAUAGGGACGGGGAGUAUGAGCAG